AAGAGGACAGCAAAACCUGAAAAAUGCUGAAACUCCACAAAAUUUGACUUGAGAUGGUCUCAGUUAGCCAGUUAGGUGAGAAAAAGGUGCCGCGAUGAGCUUACCCGAAUAAUCUUAAAAACAAUCCAGGUUUAGCUGUUGUUAGUUCGGUUCGGUUGUUGCUUUGUUUCGUUCUGGCACACGAUACACAUGUAGAGGAGGGAGAUGGCCGGCAGUGAGGACGGCGGAGGCGGCACCGGCGCCAUGGAAGAAGGGCGCGACGCGGGGCGGCAGGCAAGGUACGAGAGCUCAGAGGAUGGAGGCGGUGGCAGCGACAGAUGCAGCGGCGGCAACGACAUGAUGUCCGUCCAGUUCAUGCAGAAGAUUAUCGCGGAGAUCCUGGGGACCUACUUCAUGAUCUUCGCCGGCUGCGGCUCGGUGGUGGUGAACCUGAGCACGGCGGGCACGGUGACGUUCCCGGGCAUCUGCGCCGUAUGGGGGCUGGUGGUGAUGGUCCUCGUCUACUCCGUCGGCCACAUCUCCGGCGCGCACUUCAACCCCGCCGUCACCGUCGCCUUCGCCACGUGUGGGCGCUUCCCCUGGAAGCAGGUGCCGUCGUAUGCGGUGGCCCAGGUGCUGGGAUCGACGCUGGCCAGCCUGACGCUGCGCGUGGUGUUCGGCGGCGCCACGGCGCGCGAGCACUUCUUCGGGACGGCGCCGUCGGGGUCGGACGCGCAGGCGGUGGCGCUCGAGUUCGUCAUCUCCUUCUACCUCAUGUUCGUCGUCUCCGGCGUCGCCACCGACAACAGAGCGAUCGGGGAACUGGCUGGGCUCGCUGUUGGCGCCACCGUCCUGCUCAACGUGCUCUUCGCCGGGCCCAUUACGGGCGCGUCGAUGAACCCGGCACGGACCUUGGGCCCAGCGAUCGUGGCAGGCCGGUACAGGAGCGUCUGGGUGUACGUGGUUGGGCCGGUGUGCGGGACGGUGGCGGGCGCGUGGGCCUAUAACCUAGUCCGCUUCACCGACAAGCCGCUCCGCGAGAUCACCAAGAGCGGCUCAUUCCUCAGGAGCGCGCGCAUCAACGGCUCAACCACGUAGUAACAGUCAGCUAGUGCGCAUAGCUGACAAUGAUUCCCUCAAGUUUGCAUUGUACUAUCAAUUACUACACAUAGUAAUGGAAUCAUUGUGUUUUUAUUUUGGAUCUU